ACAAAAAUACUUUUGGAAACUUGGUACUAUUUUCGAAUGUGGCUAACCUGGAAUUAGCAGAAGGGGAGUUAAUAUGGCGGCCAUCAGGUGUUGUUUGGCAGCAUCGAAAUUAUUAAAUAACUCAAUCAAAUCAUGCGUCAUGUACAGAGUUACUCGCUCAAACCAUGCUCCCCCAUCUUCUGAUGAAAGGGUCCUCAUGCUCAGAGAAAUCUUGAGGCGCAAGAAAGAGGCUGGACCUGAGAAAAAAUAUCACCGUAAUACAUUUUUGGAAUGGAAUUACUCUGCUGAAUUAUAUGCCUUCUCGAAGAGAAUUGGUGAAAAUUUUGAAGGCAAUUUUCUUCAGCAAGCCUUCACUCAGAGGUCUUAUGUAGUGAAGCAAGAGACAUUAAACAAAGACUUAGGUCUUGAUGAUCCAGACCGCUUCUUGGAAGAUAAUCGGUCUCUUGCAGCAAAAGGAGAAGAACUGUCUAGAAAUUUCGUGGCUCGUUACUUAAGAACAGCUUUACCCUGUCUGCCUGAGGAGGGCAUUCUGCACAUUCGAGAUCACAUAUUGAAGGAAGACAAUAUAGCUAAAGUUUUGUGUAGCAUUGGAGCUGAUGAACUUAUCCUAUGCACUGACUUCCCCACUGAGACUCAGACUAAGGUCUCUACAUUUUAUGCUCUUGUUGGGGCAGUCGAAGCUAGUAGUGGACCAGAAAGAGGCUCCUUAUUUGUUCGAGACUUUCUUAUCACUUCCCUGAGUGGGCAGGACAUUCAUGCUCUCUGUAUGCCAGAAGACAAAUUAGGAGCCUUGUCUCAAAUAUUUUUGAGAGAGGGUAAAGAAGCUCCAGAGCCAAGAAUAAUUUCUCAGGUUGGAAUGAACAGCAUCAUUCCCUGCUACAGAAUUGGACUGUAUUCAGAGAAGAAGUUUCUUGGAUCAGGUGCUGGAGAAUCGAUUCAAGAUGGAAUCGACAAUGCUGCCCUCAAUGUGCUUUGGAAAUUGUGGGACAUGCCUGACGGAAAAUUACAGUUCCCCUUUGAUUUGGAUGUAUCAUCAGUUCUCAACAACAGCCGAAGUAAUGUUCCUGAAGCAGAGUGGACAAGUGAUAAAGUAAAGAAGCAAGUGCGUCCAUCAAGAUAAGUCACUUGUUUGCAUUCUCUAAUGUUUAAUACCUUUAAGUAACCAAAUACACUAUAAUUCUUUGUAAAUUG